GAAAGCCAACUGUAGUGUACGUGUGCCAAAUUGCAAUGGAGAGGACGCAAAACAGCGGGCCUCAGGCCUGGCCUCCCAAUCCAGGAGCCAUCCGGGCCCCAUCGUCUGGGCCCACUCUUCACAUCCUUUUUAUACUUAUUAUCAUCACCGGUUGUACCUGGUUCAACCGGUACCGGUCAUAAAACCGGCAUGACACCACCGGUAUGACCGGCAUGAUCGAUAUACGAAUCUCUAAGUAAAAUGAUUUUAUUUUAGUGAAUUUAAUUGAUAAAAUUUAUUUUAUUAUUUAUUUUAUGAGUAUAAAAGUUAAAUAUUGAUGUUAUUUGUUGGAUUCAGGUAUAAAUGUUUAAGUAUUGACGUUAAAUGUCAUGUUUAAAUAUGAGUAUUUAUAAUUUUAUUUGUAAUAUUGACCGGCAUGAACCGGCACAAACCGGUAUGUGCCACCGGUUGAACCAUUCCACUAGCUAAACCGUCACACUGGCAUAAACCGGUUUGACAACCUUGCUUAUUAUUAUUAAAAAAAGCAACACCGUAAAAAGCAAACAAAAAAUUAGGGUUGGGCAUGCGGGCUGGUCAUCUGCUGGGUUUGGGUCGAUCCGUUUGCAUUUUAUCCGAAUUUCGUUAUGUGGAUGGGUAUGUGGGUGAUUGUCGGAUUGUGCUGGGAGGCAUCCAUUGGGUGGCGGGUGUGCGGGUGACCCGCUCAACUCAACAACAAAAAGAACAAAGUCGUUGGCGCUGGAGAGUGGAGAGAUAUUUCGAAUUUCAGCUGGAUGAUUGAUUUAGAGACGUUGACGAAUACUAGGGCUACUCCUAGAUUGAAUCUCAAAGCCAAUCUUCCAAAAUUUGACUUCCCUCUUCUUCCCUUUGUUUUUUCCUCUGAUUCUUGUGCACAAAUUACCUCUCUUUCCUCCAUUGAAUUAUUUUUCUUAGUUUCUUGCACCCGAUAAUCAUCUCCAUCAAUAGAAAACUCCUCCAUAAUAGAAUUUCUAUCCAUUUUCAGAACUAACUCGACAUUUUUUCUUCUUAUUCCAUCUUCUUGUUUCGCCCGAUAACUCUACACCAAUUAUCUUGCCACUUGAAGUGAAUCUCAAAUUUGGAGGGUGACUGGAUGUUGAAAUCGAUUUUUAUUUUACAUAUUGACAUUAAACAGGGAGGUUCUGAAAUAUAAAUAUAUCAUGUCAAGUUGACUCAUUUAUAUUAUGUACAUUGUAAUGUGGGUGAAUCUGCAAACCAACCCGCAUCAUCCGCCAUCCACCCGACCCAUUCCGAAACUAAAUAUGAGUGGGUGGUGGGUUAAAAAUUGUCAAUGCAUUUAAGCGCAAAUAGGUGCAUUUCAUGGUGAAAAAUCAAAAUCCACUCGACCCACCAAUGCCCACCCCUUCCAAAAAUCAUAUAAAUGUGAACCUUCCCCUGCCUCCUUUCCAUUCCACCACCACCCUCGACCUUUUUUGAAUCAAACACUCUCCUCUCUCGUCCUUCCCCAUUCGUGAACAGAGAAAAAAAACGUUUCGAUGGCGAAAGUAGGGAAGCUAACGAAGCUGAAAUCCGCAAUUAAGAAGUGGCCGUCUUUCUCCGCCGCCAAGCAGACCUACCAGCAUCAUCACGAGCAGCAGCAGCAGGAGGCGGAGGCGGCGGCAGAGUCUGACGAGCCGCAGAAGAUUCUUCACUCUGUCUACGUCGGGAAGUCGCGGCGGCGGUACCUUUUGACGACGGAGGUGAUGUGCCAUCCCAUGUUCCAGGAGCUGAUGCAGAGGUCCGGCGGGUUGGACGCCGACGGCCAGAUCAUCGUCGGGAGCGAGGUGGUCCUGUUCGAGCAUUUGCUUUGGAUGAUCAACGACCAGAUCAAUGGCGGCGGGGACAGAGAUUCGUCGUCACAGGCCGGGUCAAUGGAGGAGCUGGUUGAUUUCUAUUGCUGCUAGCUGGGAUUGCUGAUAACAGAGGAAUAUUUCUAUAUGUUUAAUUGUAAAUUGAGUAGUAGCUUAUCAAACGUUUUGGCGGAUUAUGGGUAGAGUUAUUUUGGAUUGAUGAGAGGGAAGAACCAACCUUUUCUCCUCUCUCUGUCUCUUUUGGAUUCUCAAUCUUCUGGGUCAUUUGGCUUUAGGGGCACGAAUAGGGUUGUCGGUUCGGUUCGGGUAACCGAACCCGAAACCCACAAAAACCAAAAACUCGAACCCGCCCCCUCACAAACCGAAACCGAACCCGAGAUGCUCUUAUGUGGGUUUCGGGUACUGGAACCCGAAAUGGAUGUUGGUGGGUUUGGUUCGGGUGAAACCGAAACCGAACCGGCCUGAAGUUUUUUUUUUUUUUAGUUUUGUGAUUUGAAUUUUACAUUGUACAAAAAAAUUAUAUUCUUAUUAUUUGUACAUUCUUAUUUUACCAUUAUGUUUAAUUUUAUGGGACAUGGACAGUAUAAAACUAAUAUUUACAU